AUGAUCAGACUAUUUCCGAAACAAAUACGUUCUCUUUCUUAUUUGACAAAGACCACUAUCAAUCCAGUUGAUUUCCAGUUAAAAAUUCCAGAGCAAUUCACUCCAAAAUCAUUGCUAGUUUUAUCGACCCCAACAAAUCUACCUCAAGUCAUCGAGGACUCAAUCAAAUUGUCCCAAAAACAAGAUUUGCAAUUGGUUGUAGCAGGUGUUGAUACAGUUGUACCUUAUUCACACAGAAAUGGAGUUUCUGAGCUUUGGUUGGACGAACCUAUUAGUAUUGGGGACUCGGCUCUUUUGGAAGAAAAAGAUGAUAUUAAUAAACCACCUCGAGAAAGUGAUGGCUUGAAUGUUGUUAGUGCACAGAAACAUUGGAAGAACAUAGCUUCCCAAUUGAAAAUUAAUCUAAGACAAGAAAUGGAAUUAAAAUUGAAUCUAGCAAACACCGUGUUCUCUACUGGCUCGAUUAUAACUUUAUUUUACUUUGGUAAUGGUUUGAAUCUGGGACAACAUUUGUGUGAUUUAGAGAUCCUGUUGCCCCGAGGAUUGAUACCAAGACACUCCAGUGCUGUGGUAAAAGACAACUGGACCGAUUUGUAUCCUGGAACUAGCUUUAAGGUCACCAAUUGUGUGGGCAACUUGCUUAAAUCUAUUGAUAACAACCCUGCAGCCAAAUACCUUGAGGAGAACAAAAAAUUGAUGAGCAUUGGAUCUAAGGAGACAGAGGUUUUCGUCAAAAUCAAGAAACCAAACAGUACAAAAGUUGAGAGGUUUAAAGUUACUGCGGGUGGUGGUGGAUGGGGAGCCAAGGCUGACAUCAUUGCUCUCUCACCAGAAGCUAAACUCGUAAAGGGAAGCGAGAUACAGUUUUUUAUGGUCACCCCAGAAGAUAGGUAUUUGCCAAAUCAUAACGACGACGAGGUUGCUCAAUUUACAAACGCAUUCACUUUUACCAACUCCUACGAAGAGACUAGUUACAAUGAGGAUACAGAUGAAAGCCAGCAUAUAUAUGAAAAUGUUUUUGGUGCUGGCAGUGAACAGGGGUUCUUUUUCAACGACGUAAAACACAAUUCUCCGGGUGAAUCAGUAUCUCUAAAGUUGGAGAAGAAAAAAUAG